AUGGAGUACUACCAGCGCGCCCUCUUCGGCUACGAGCGGACCCUUGGAAAAGCCCACCCAGUUACCCUCGAAACUGUGAACAAAAUGGCACUUGCCGAAGCUGGCCAAGGGGAAUACGGCAGCGCCCUGGUGUGGUACCAGUGUGCACUCGUCGGCAAAGCGAAGGCGCUCGAAAAAGACCACCCUAUCACACUCAACACCGAGUUCUACCAGCGCGCACUUGGCGGCUACGAGACGGCCCUCGGAAGAGACCACCCCGUGACUCUCAACAUAGUCAACAACAUGGCGCUUGCCAAGACGAUCUUUGGAAGAGACCACCCGAGGACUCUGGAUACCGUCUACAACAUGGCCAGCGUCUUUGCGAAGCAAGGCGCGUACGGCAAAGCUUUGCGGUCCUACCAGAGAACCAUCGACGGCUACGAGGAGACUCUUGGGAAAGACCACGCCAAAACUAUCAGCGCCGCUCAACAGGUGGAUAUCUACAGCCGGAGUAUAAAACACUAG